AUGAAAUCAAGAACCGCUGAUAUCCACUUAGUAAGCUCCCACCGUGAAGUCUACGAGCCUUGUGAUGAUUCAUUCGCUUUAGUCGACGCAUUACUCGCUGACCAAACCAACUUAAUAAACCACAACCCUAAACUCUGUAUGGAGAUUGGUUCCGGAAGUGGAUACGUCAUCACUUCACUCAUCCUUCUCCUCAAAGAAAGCCUUCCCAACGUUCAUUACUUAGCCACAGACACAAACCCAAUCGCUGCAAGAGUCACAAACGAGACUUUACAAGCUCAUGGCGUCUCUGCUGAGGUUGUCUGCACGGACAUAGCUUCUUGUUUAGAGGAGAGGCUUUCUGGUUUGGUUGAUGUGAUGGUGAUGAACCCUCCUUACGUGCCGACGCCUGAGUAUGAAGUUGGUGUUGAAGGUAUAGCUUCUGCUUGGGCUGGUGGGGAGAAUGGGAGGAGUGUUAUUGAUAGAGUCUUGCCUGUGGUUGAUCGUUUGCUUUCUGAGAGAGGGUGGUUUUACUUGGUGACUUUGACUUCGAAUUACCCUUCGGAGAUUUGUUUGGUGAUGAGGGAGAGAGGCUAUGCGUCGAGGAUUGUGGUUCAGAGGUCGACGGAGGAGGAGAAUCUUAUUGUUUUGAAGUUUUGGAGAGAUGAAGAUGAGGAGAGUGUGGUUAAGGAGACGGCAUCAGUGUCGUUUUUGACGCAGUUUUCGAGGUCUUUGUCGUCGUUUGUGGAGAAACAAUGGCGAUGA